AUGGGACUAUCGCUGAUUAUCUUCGUUGGUUCAAAGCAAGAUGAUAUAUAUGUGCGAGUGUCAGGGACAAUGAUCAUGGAUACCAGCCGGAGAUCACCGGAGAAAGAAGACACGAAUACACCAGUGGCAAGGUCUUUUGAAGGCGACAGACGGUCACACAUCAUUGAAAUUACGCCGGUCGCCGAAACCCGAUGGCAAUAUCUUCGCCGAUACUUUACCACAUGGGAGGGUUGGGUUGGCAACUAUGACUAUCUCUAUCUUAUUACCCCGAAUAUUUGGCCCUUGAACAAGCGGUACAAGGAUUAUGAAGCACCAUUCUACGGGUUGAACGAUGAAGUGCCGAUCAUCCUCACGAUCAUUCUGGGCCUACAACAUGCUUUGACAAUGAUCGGAUCCAUUGUGUCGCCCCCUCUCGCCAUUGCCAGUGGUGCCUUUUAUCUCAAUUCAGAGCAAAGCCAGUACCUCGUCUCAGCAGCCUUCAUAACAACCGGCAUUGCGACCGCUCUACAAGUCACCCGAGUCCAUUUGGCCAAAACCCCCUUUUACAUUGGAACCGGCUUGCUAUCCGUGGUUGGUCCUACGUUUGAUAUUCUUGCAAUUGCUUUUAGCUAUGCGGACAUGCGCUAUGCGAAUGGUACAUGUCCAACAUCAUCAGAUGGAUCAUACCUGCCAUGCCCAGAUGCCUGGGGUGCGAUGCUGGGAACUAUGCUAUGCACCGUAUGGAUUCAGAUCCUGCUAUCAUUUGUCCCCCCGAAAACCCUGAAUCGUAUCUUUCCGAAGAUUGUCACUGGAACACUCCUGUUGCUAGUGGGAGUAUACUUGAUCUCGAGUGGCAUGGAAAACUGGGGCGGAAGCUCGAAUUGUGAUGGUGGAACAGGUUAUUACAGUCUUUGUCCUGAUACUGGCGCUCCGAAAUCCCUACCAUGGGGAGACCCGAAGCUCAUUGGGCUUGGCUUCAGUGUUUUCGUCACCAUCAUCGUCGUGGAGCUUUUUGGAUCACCUCUAAUGCGCUCUGCAUCUGUCGUUUUUGGUCUCGCGAUGGGAUGCGCAAUCUCCGGUGCCACAGGAUACUGGUCCCGUGACAAUAUCGAUGCGGCACCAGUGGCAACCUUUCUCUGGGUCCAUACCUUCAAGCUAUCAGUAGAUGGCGCACUAGUUCUCCCUCUCCUGAUCAUGUUCAUCUGCGAGGCUGUGAGCUGUAUGCCAGAUAUUCUCGCUACUGCUGAAAUUUCCGGUGUCGACAUCGAUGGGAUUGAAUUUAAUAGCAGAAUUCAAGGUGGAAUCCUGUGUGAUGGAAUUGGCAGCUUGGUCAGUGCCUUGGGUACUGGGCUGCCAAUGGUCAGCCAGGCAGGAAACAAUGGUGUCAUCUCUCUUACUGGAUGUGCAAGCCGCAGAGCAGGUUGGUGCGCUUCCGCUUUUCUAAUUCUUAUGGGUAUAUUUGGCAAGUUCGGUGCAGUCUUCGGCUCCAUGCCUCCAUCGGUGCUAGGUGGCAUGCAAGUGUUCCUCUACAGUACUAUUACCGUCGCUGGUAUCAGAGUACUCAGCUUGGUGCCAUUUACCAGGCGCAAUCGUUUCAUUCUCACGGCUGCAUUAGGAAUUGGCUUCAUGGAUAUUGUUUCCCCGAGUUGGUUUGACAAGGUUCUGGAUUAUAGUGGACCAAAUGUCAAUUUGGAAGGAUUUGAGGAAGGCAUUAGCCUUAUCGUGGAGACGCCAUUCAUUAUUGCCGCUGUUGUUGGCGUGUUUCUGAACUUGAUCUUGCCAUAUGAUGUCAAACAGACUGAUGGGCUUCGACAAUCAGCACUUCCGUCUUAG